GUUCUUGGUUUCUUCUUCUUCUUCUUCUUUUUUUUAAAUCGGUGUAUGGUGCGUGGCUGUUUAACCAAGCGCCCUCCGACUGGAGCUCUGACUUAAUAAAUAAUUAAAGUGGACGGAGCGGAGCUGCAGCUGAUUUGCUGAUGUCAGGGAGCCAGUGCAGCAUUUCAUGGUGCAGGGUGUAAACGCGCGGUGCCAUCUGCCUCGAUCGGUGCUCCUCAGCAAACCUCACACAUGCGAGCCCGGCAAGAAAGAUGCUGCCAACUCUCAAGAUCUGGGCAUUGUUCUGCGUGUCGCUGUGCUGCCUGUCUCAGCCGGGUCAUUUGAAGAAGGCUUUCCGAUGCCCUUCAACAUGCAGCUGCUCCAGGGAGUCGAUCAUUUGCGUCGGGUCCUCCUAUGUCCCGAGGAUCACCCCCUACGACAUCAGCUCUCUGAGUAUCGUCAAUGGGACUUUCUCCGAGGUCAAGGAGGCAAUGUUCGCUCACAUGCCAUCUCUCCAGCUACUGCUUUUGAAUUCCAAUUCUCUCACAACUGUAAGGGAUGAUGCAUUCUCAGGCCUUCCACAUCUGGAGUAUCUGUUCAUUGAGAGUAAUAAGAUAGAGACCACGUCCAAAUAUGCCUUCAGAGGACUCAGGGACUUGACUCACUUGUCUUUGGCAAACAACAACAUAAAAGCUUUGCCCAGGGACCUCUUCAUUGACUUGGAUUCACUCAUAGAGCUGGACUUGCGAGGCAAUGCCUUUGAGUGUGACUGCCGCGCCAAGUGGCUGAUGACGUGGCUGAAGAACACCAAUGCCACGGUGUCGGAUGUCGUGUGUGCCGGACCGGAGGACCUGAAGGACAAGAGACUCAAUGAUAUGACCAGUCUGCACAACGAAUGCAUCUCAACGGAUUUCGUCCUCCAUCAGUCCGUAGCAUCUGAGUCUCUCUCUGUAGACACAUUCAGCUAUAAGAACGAUGUCUAUGUGACCAUUGCUGCCCCCAGCACUGACAACUGCAUGGUUUUCCAAUGGGACCACAUAGAAAUGAACUUCAGGACGUAUGAUAACAUCACAGGUCAGUCCAUCGUGGGCUGCAAGUCAGUUGUCAUCCAGGACCAGGUGUUUGUCAUCGUGGCUCAGCUCUUUGGUGGUUCCCACAUCUACAAGUUCGAUGAGGACCAAAGCAGGUUCAGCAAGUUCCAGGACAUCGAGGUGUCCAAGAUCUCCAAGCCCAAUGACAUCGAGGCAUUCCAGAUUGGUUCUGACUGGUUCUUUGUGAUUGCUGACAGCUCAAAAGCGGGUCUGUCCACCCUAUACAAGUGGAACGAUAAGGGCUUUUAUUCCUACCAGUCGCUGCACGAGUGGUACCGCGAUACAGAUGCAGAGUUCUUGGACUUGGAUGGGAAGGCCCACCUUAUCUUGGCAAGCCGCUCACAGGUGCCCGUGAUCUACCAGUGGAGCCGGAGCAACCAGAAGUUUGUCCUGCAGGGCGAGAUCCCCAACAUGGAGGACGUUGUAGCUGUAAAGCACUUCCGGAUCAAGGAGGAGCUCUACCUGGCUAUGACACGUUAUAUCGGUGACUCCAAAGUUCUACGCUGGGGUGCCAAACAAUUUGCAGAGAUCCAGGCUUUGCCCUCUCGAGGCUCCAUGAUUCUCCAGCCGUUCCUUUUCAAAGAACGUUACUACCUGGCCCUGGGAAGCGACUACACCUUCUCGCAGAUCUACCUGUGGGAUAAUGAAGAGAAACUCUUUGAGCGCUUCAAGGAGGUGUACAUCCAGGCGCCGCGCUCCUUCACUGUGGUUUCCACUGACCGCAGGGACUUCAUCUUCACCUCGAGCUUCAAGGGAAACACGCAGAUCUUUGAGCACAUCAUCAUUGACUUGAGCUUGUGAGGGGCUGUGCCUUAUUGCCUGUCCUGCAAUCGAACGUCUUCCACUCAAAAGAUAUAUUUGUGAAGAGAACAGACUUAAUGAACUGACAAAUAUCAAUUCCUACAUAGUUUUCUGUCACAAAUAAGAGCCGGGUCAAGUAGUGUUUGGAAUCCCGUCAGUUUCUCAAUGGCCUUGUCCUGUUAUCUGUUCUCAUGGCCUCUCAGACUUUCAGAGAUACGACCAUUUCACAAAGAACGAGAGGGACAGUCAAGAGGGUGGACACUCGUACAAGGCAGCUGGUUAUUCUCCUGAUAAUCCAGCCGACACUCCUGGGGUUGGAAAGAUUUGAAAUACAAUUUGAUCUAUUUGGAUGUCUACAUUUCGGUUUAAUCUCCCCCGUGCUAAUGGUUUUAUACCCCAAAAAUAUACACCAGGACCUGAGAGAAGGAUCAUUGUACUACUGAGGGUGAAGCAGGUGUGGUUGCCACUUACCUCAUGUCCUCUUACCCUGUGGUAAUGUACAGUAUGUUGCCUUAUCAGCACUGGGGUUCUGUGUUCUGAUGGGCCCACAGUGCCUCCCUCUGGCCGUGAUAAUCUAUCACACCCCUUUGCUUUUUCCAUACAGGGAAUGUCUUGAAAGCACAAACCUUUAAUGAUCUUAGCUGAGACCCCAGCUCUUAGAGAGAGGUUGUUAAGUGGGAAAAGUUACUGUAGGUGCUAUAAAUUAUGUUGCGUACAGUAAAAGAAAAAAAAAAAAAAACGAGAACGUGUUUUGUUGUUUUUGGAGGUGAAAUAUUCAGGACUGGAUAUAGCUAAUGCCUUUUUAGAAAAACACAUAUGAAUGGAAAAAAAAAAAUCCCCAUUUAGGUAGGAAACUUUUCAGAGGAAAUAUAAGUUGCCAAGCAGAUAGAAGCUCUUUUUAUCCAUUCAGUGGGAAUGACCUGUGUUUAGGUGAUGUCAGGGAAUUGAACCUACUAACGAGUUUGAAAAAAGAACCACUGUUGUUGGACUACUGAUAUUUAACUUUUAUUUUUAGGCUACAACUUUGAAAAAAAAAAAAAAAAAUACAGGCUCCUCACAGCAGAAGUCAGCGGACACCAAUAAAGUUGAUGGAAACAAUUUGUUCAUGUAAAUAUAUCCACUCGAGUUGAGAGGCUUUUUCAGUCUGUCUUUUUGUUCUUUGAAAAUACUGAAUGUUGACUUACAAACUAUGACAUGUACAUAAAACGAGGACUGCAAUGCCACUACCUGUCUGUCACACAGAAGUCUGAACUGAUCUUUGCACUUACUUUGAAAAAAAAUAAUGUUACUGCAGCUUGCAAGAGCAUGACAUUCAAAAAAGGGUGUUUGCCAACUUCUUUUUAAUGAACCUAAUAAACAAGAAGUCUAAAAGUGCUUCUACUCAUAAAGUGAAUGGUAUUGCAAAGAAAAAAAAACAUAAUGGAAUAUGCAAGCUUUACAACAUGCAGAUUCUUUUGUAUGAUUUUUGUUUUAAGCAUAUUGAAUGUUACUCUCAAAGUAUACUGUACAUUUAGUCAGCUGAGUAUCAAAAUAAAUGUGUAAAAGUAUGA